ACAUCCCAAUCCACUCAGCAGUUCAUCCGUCCACUAUAAAAUCCCAGUCCAUCUCGUCGUGCCCAAUCAAUCAUAUCCACCCCUCGGCGUCCUUGCCCGCUGCAUCAUCUCUCGGUUUGUCAAUGGCGCCCUCCGCAAUGAUCAGCUGCGCCGCCGCCGUCGCGAUGCUCGCCCUCCUCGCCGCGGCCGGCGAGGCCGCGGUGUUCACCGUGGUGAACCAGUGCCCCUUCACGGUGUGGGCGGCCUCCGUGCCGGUGGGCGGCGGGCGGCAGCUGAACCGCGGCGAGACGUGGCGCAUCAGCGUGCCGGCCGGCACGACGGCGGCGCGCAUCUGGGCGCGCACGGGGUGCCAGUUCAACGCGGCCGGGCGCGGGAGCUGCCGCACGGGGGACUGCGGCGGGGUGCUGCGCUGCACCGGGUACGGGCGCGCCCCCAACACGCUGGCGGAGUUCGCGCUGAACCAGUUCAACAACCUCGACUUCUUCGACAUCUCCCUCAUCGACGGCUUCAAUGUGCCCAUGAGCUUCCUCCCCGACGGCGGGUCCGGGUGCGGCCGCGGCCCCCGGUGCGCGGCGGACGUGAACGCGCGGUGCCCCGCGGAGCUGCGGCAGGACGGGGCGUGCAACAACGCGUGCCCCGUGUUCAAGAAGGACGUGUACUGCUGCGUCGGCUCGGCGGCCAACAGCUGCGGGCCGACCAACUACUCGAGGUACUUCAAGGGGCAGUGCCCGGACGCCUACAGCUACCCAAAGGACGACGCCACAAGCACAUUCACCUGCCCCGCCGGAACCAACUACAAGGUCGUCUUCUGCCCGUAAGGCUCUGAAGAUGGCGACAGGAUCAUAUAUACACUAAGAAGAAAUAAGAACUGGCCGGUUUGUGCAGCAGACCCAGCCCAGCUAAUCAAUAAGGACGUGCCAUUUCUACAUCAUCAUAUAUAACAAAGUCACUCAAAGAAAUAAGAAAGUUGAUUUCCAUGUA